AUGCUUAAACUAUCAGUCGAUAUUAGCAAGACAACUCCUGAACUUCUGACAAUAUUAGAAAAAGCGUCGAAAUUUCGAAAACAAUGGCAAAAAUCAUCUAUUUUAAAACAAAUGAUAACAAUAUACUACCAUUUUAUGCAAUUGAAAGCAUAUCAUCCAGCUAAUAUUCUAUUGAUUCCUACUAUAGAUAUUGAAAUUGUUUGGCAAACUCAUUUACUUCGAUCUGAAAUAUAUCAAGCCGAUUGUCUUCGUUUGUUUCGUCGAGUUACUGAUCAUUCAUUAUUGAUCAAUGACAUUCAACAACAUAUCAAAGAACAAGCAUUUCAAGAUACUUGUCAAUUAUAUGAACAAAGAUUUAGUGAACAAUAUUGUCCAUUAACAUCAANGGAUCAUGUUACUCCAGCCUAA